UCUUAUGUACACACGACACUGCUCCACUCAUCACUCCCAGGUCACCCCGCUGCACACGUCGGAUGAUUUCCUCAUCACUCUUGAUCUCGACCUAACUUCUCCAGACACUACACAUGCUUCCCCGCUGGUCACAUUCCGGCGCAACCUACGAUCACUCUCUCCCUCCUGCCUAUCCUCUGUGGUCUCCGCUACGCUCCCUCCCUCUGAACAGCUCUCUCUCUUGGAUACUAACAGUGCCACCGACACUCUUUGCUCCACACUAACCUCCUGCUUAGACAACUUAUGCCCUCUAACAUCUAGGCCAUCUCGUGCAUCCCCUUCUACCCCCUGGUUAUCUGAUGUUCUCCGUGAGCAUCGCGCCACGCUCAGGUCUGCUGAGAGAAAGUGGCGCAAAUCUAAAGAACCCGCUGACCUCGGUCUCUAUCAGUCUCUCUUCUUUCUCUGCUGAUGUCUCCUCUGCAAAAAACCCCAGUACUACCACGCUAAAAUGAACAACUCGCCUGACUCUCGUACUCUCUUUAAAACCUUCUCUGCUCUUCUUUGCCCACCUGCCCCCUCACCUCCUUCCGACUUAACAGCUGAUGAUUUUGCGUCUUUCUUCGUAAAGAAAACAACCACCAUCAGCAGUCAGUUUUCUGUGCCGCCACCUCUUGAUCACGCCCAAACCCCCGACACAUGCUCAUUCCCCUCUUUCUCUCUCCUAUCUCAAGAAGAUGUCUCCAAGGUCAUGUCUUCUAACCACCCAACCACCUGCUCGCUAGAUCCCAUCCCCACUCAUCUCCUCCAGGCCAUCUCUCCAUCGGUUGUUCCCGCUCUGACCCACAUUAUCAACUCGUCUCUCACCACUGGUAUAUUUUUUCCACAGUCUUCAAAGAGGCCCGUAUUACCCCGCUACUGAAGAAACUCACUCUUAAUCCUGCACUGUUAGAGAACUACAGACCGGUAUCACUCCUCCCCUUCAUUGCUAAAACUCUUGAACGGGUGGUAUGUACAGAGAUGGCAAAAGUACACACAGCCUUUACUUAAGUAGAAGUACAGAUACUCAUGUUUAAAAGUACUCAAGUAAAAGUUGAAGUACUGACUAAACUUGUUUACUCAAGUAAAAGUAUAAAGUAUGGGCUCUAAAAUGUACUUAAGUAAAAAGUAGCCAAUACGACUACCUGUUUUAGAGUCACGCUCGUACCUCACAACUGAACUACCAUUAUGUAGAACACAAGCAUAAAAAAGACUGAUGGAAUAAAUCUAUUUGCCACUACCUAGGUAGUGGAAAAAAACACAAAUUUAUAAUACAAUUAUGAUGUAAGACAGGAGUGUAAAUGACAAGCGUAUUGAUAAUAAUUGUGACAGAAUUCCCUUUGUCUCAAGUUCUCAACUAUAAUUUUAGCUAUUCUUCGUGUUGCCUUACGCCUUGGUCCGUGGCAGCUUCUUAGACUACUAGCCUAUUGUCUGCGAUGCGUAAUAGCCAGGAAAUGACUGUUUGGUACUGUGAUUGUCAAAACAUUUUAUAACAGAAUUUCACUGCUUUCAAUUUUAGAUUAACUGUCCCUUUAAAUUUUAAGCACAGACCAUUCAUGGACAUAUCAUUAUACAAAGGUUGUAGACACUUGGGAGAUCUUGUCAAAAAGAGAAAACUGAGAAAUAAAGAGAUAAUUAAUUAGGCAAGUCAAUUUACUUGGUAACCAUUACUGUUUUUCUCGAUUGGUUAAACACAUUUCUUGAAAUUAUGCCUCGCUUUAAAAUAUUAAAUGUUUAGCCUCUUACAUUGUACGUUACACUCGUUCAACAUUAAAACUGAUGUCAGUGUUGCUAGAUUAGGUGGAUGAUUUCCAGCCCAAAGGCUCACUAAAACCUACUCACUCCAACAAAAACCAGCCCAAAAUUUUAACUUCCAAAAUAAUGUGAUAGUAUUUUAUUGCAAUGUCAAUCAACGUUGAUAAGUAUCGUUUUUUAUUUCCUUAUAAUUUUAAUCAUGACAAGAUGAAAAAAUAUAAUAAAAAUCAGGAAAAUAGAUCAAACAGAUCAAACAAGGCAAAUGCAUUAAGAAAAUUAGAAAAUAAGACUAAUAGGAUAUGUCCAGAAACCACUUCAAAUGGCAAUCAGGAAAUUAGCGCAUUUUUGUGCAAAAGUGCCCACUAUAAUUAGUUCAUCGAAAGCAACGCAAUGAGCAGGUAUUUUUCACUCGUUCAUGAACUUAACGCACACACCACGAUAGCAAAAAACAUGCAAUUCAUACAUACUAAUGAACAACAGCAACAAUAAUGCGCUUACCUUAACGAGCUGCCUUAACUUCUGACAGAGCUACAGUACAUAUUUCGUGAAGUAUAUGUUUGUAGAACAUGCGAAUUGCUAAAUAGCUAAAUUACAUAUUUAAAAUCUGGUCCUUUCGCGCUAAAAAACCCUACCAUUCACGAGUCACCACAUGAUGCAGAAUAUCACGCUCGAGAUCUGAGAACAGUUACUGCGUCUUCUUUGAUUUGAUUGGUCACCGCUUUGCACUGUAAACAGUAACUCCCGCCUUCUUACAUUUGAUUGGCUAGUGACCACCUCACACAGCGCUUCAGCUUUUAGUCAGACCUAUCAUUAGGUUGAAAAAGUCACGCAAUGACAAGAAAUAAUAUUGAUUGUGCAUCAAAUACAGAUUAAAACUAAAGUAACGAGCCUGGUUUGUAAAAUGUAAGAAGUAGAAAGUACAGGUAUUUGCGUAAAAAUGUAAGAAGUGAAAGUAAAAAGUCGUCAGAAAAAUAAAUAGUGGAGUAAAGUACAGAUACCAGAAAAAUCUACUUAAGUACAGUAACGAAGUAUUUGUACUUCGUUACUUCCCAUCUCUGGGUAUGUAACCAGCUCUCAUCCUUUCUCACCCAGAACAACCUCCUGGACAGCAACCAGUCUGGUUUCAGAGUGGUCAUUCCACUGAGACUGCACUGCUCUCUGUCAUUGAAGCCCUGAGACUGGCAAGAGCCGCCUCUAACUCAUCUGUACUUAUCGUACUGGAUCUGUCUGCUGCCUUUGACACUGUGAACCACCACAUACUCCUGUCGACCCUCAAGGCUAUGGGUGUCUCUGGAGUGGUGCUACAAUGGUUCAGGUCUUACCUCUCAGGUAGGUCAUUUAGAGUAUCCUGGAGAGGAGAGGUCUCUGAGUCCCAACAUCUCAACACAGGGGUGCCUCAGGGCUCAGUGCUUGGUCCGUUGCUAUUUUCUAUAUACAUGACAUCCCUAGGCUCUGUCAUUUGGAAACAUGGCUUUUCCUAUCACUGCUAUGAGGAUGAUACACAGCUCCACCUGUCAUUUCAGCCUGACGAACCGACUGUCUCUGCACGCAUUUCAGCAUGCCUGAGUGACAUUUCGCUCUGGAUGAACGACCAUCACCUGCAGCUGAACCUUGCUAAAACAGAACUGCUUGUAAUCCCAGCUGACACAAAGAUUCAUCACAACUUCUCCAUUCAGCUGGGCUCAUCAACCAUCACAUCUUCCAGAACGGCCAGAAACCUGGGAGUGGUGAACGACGAUCAGCUUAAUUUCACUGAUCAGGUUUCCAGUACCACCCGGUCCUAUAGAUUCAUCCUCUACAUUAUUAGGAAAAUUAGACCUUUCCUAUCCGAGCAUGCUACGCAAGUCCUAGUCCAGGCUCUUGUUCUGUCCAGACUGGACUACUGCAAUGCACUACUGGCUGGACUUCCAGCUUGCACAACCAAACCUCUACAGAUGAUCCAGAAUGCAGUGGCAAGAGUGGUCUUCAAUGAACCGAAGAGAGCGCACGUCACUCCUCUCUUCACUAAGUUACAUUGGCUCACUCGAAUCAAAUUCAAGACUCUGCUCCUGCCCUACAAGACCACCACUGAUUUGGCACCCCCUUACCUUCACAUGCUAAUGCAGACUUAUAUACCCGCCAGAUCCUUACGCUCUGCAAAUGAACGACGUCUUGAGGUGCCAUCCCUAAAAGGUAAAAAAUCUCUCUCACGUACCUUCUCGGGAUCGGUUCCACAUUUAUGGAAAGAUCUGCCCGCUGGUACAAGAUCAGCAGAUUCUGUAGCCACCUUUAAGAACCGUCUGAAAACACAUCUCUUCCGUCAACACCUGACUGAUCAGUUCUGACUUCUGACUAUCUCUUUUCUACUCUUUCAAAAAAAAAAAAAAAAACUUUGCUCUGUAUAAUGUGGUAGGCUAUAUGAGACCAGUUUUCUUUUAUUGCACUUACGCUUUUUGUUGUCCUUAUGUUGUUCCAAUUGCUUCCAUUGUUUCCCUCAUCUGUAAGUCGCUUUGUAUAAAAGCGUCUGCUAAAUGACUAAAUGUAAAUGUAUACGUUUUUAUACAUAUAAUUGUAUAAAACUUAAGAGAGAACUUAAUUUAAGAUCUGUCAUAAAAACCCACAUUAAAGCAUGUUAACAUCACAAACAGGAUUUAUUGUUUUUAAUUAAGUGACCGCUGUAAAAAUAGAAAUAAUCUCCCUUGAUCUCCGCAUAGAUGUCCUGAACACUGCUACCAGAAAUGACUGAGGCGCAUCGAGGAGAACGCGGAAGACGUGCAAGUAGUCCAUUACACCAAGUUGCUUCUGCCAGAUUUGAAAUUGACAGUUUGGAAUGACACUGCAGUAUAGUUCAAGGACUUGGAUUGAAGAAAUACAGAGCAAAUAUUAAAGUGCAUUCUUGGACUCACAGUGGCUAUACUGAUUUUCCAUAUGUGUGAUGUGGAAUCAAAUGAAAGCUUAUCUUUACAGUUCAGCUACACAGAUGAAGCACAGCAUCACAUAAGACAAAAGCGCGAAGAUUCGUACACGGAAUAUUUGGCUGAAAUUGAGAUUAAUGCAUCUAGCAUCUCUGUGAUCGAUUACAUAAAGAGUUAUCUGAAGAGCGUUCAGAACAAUUUUACAAUUGGCAAUGUGACAAUAUUUGACACACGCUUCACGACAGUGUGCAACUUAGUUGACACUGGGUACAAGUGUACAUGUGAGGAUCAGUAUUUCUGGCCUUGUAAUAUGUGUAGAAAACAUGGGAGCUGUAGCACCAAUAAUGACACAUGCAGCUGUAUCAACGCUUAUGUUGACAGACAGCACUGUCAGCUAGUUGGCGAGAUGGAAGAUAUGACAGCAUGCAUGCAUGUAGUGUCAGACACAACAACAGCAGUAUCAACAUCCACAGCAACUUCCUCAACAUCAGCAGCUCCCUUAACACCAGUGUAUGAUAAAGUCAUUAGUCUGUCAUUGAAAAUGAAUGAAAUGUUUGAUACCAGCCUCACCAAACCUGAUGAUGCGAAUUACAUAAAAAAAACUGGAAUAAUUCAGAAGGCAAUUGAACAAGGUUAUGAAAAGUUACCUAACUACAAAAAAGGUUCAGCAAAAAUCUUUCGUUUCAGAUCUGGUAGUGUUAUAGCAGACUACACCAUCAAUGCAACCAACAACAACCUGGAUUUAUCAUCAGCAAACGCACAGGUCUCUAAAACUCUCUUUAACGCAGGAAUCCUGGUAGCUCAGAAUGCUUUUGAGGAAAGUGUGGAAAAAAUGUUGGCAACCAAAGCUAACUAUUAUCCUCACCAAAGUAUGGAACUGAGGUGUACACGUCCAGAGUCAGCUCAGGGAACAAUGAAAUGGAGAGUGAAUGACAAAGAUCCUGCAGAAAACAAAGCAAAAUACAGCAUUACAGAUGACAGCAGCACUCUCACAGUGAAGGAUGUUAGUGAAAGUGACAAUGGUAGAUACUCAUGUAUCAUUGAAAGUGGCACGAUACCUUAUGUUCAGUGGCAAAAUGUAGUUAUUCAAUUACGCCCGAAUAUCAUAGUGGAUAAAACUGAAAUAAAGUUGCAGUGUGCAGAUCAGACUGUCUCACUGAGAUGCUGCGCUGAAAGCUACCCAAUUGAGUGGCACCCGAUCCCUUCUAAUGAUGCAGUGGAUUCAGAGCCCGGCUGCAUUAAAUUACAACAUAAAAUCUUGAGCACAAGUUGUGGGACUAGUGAAAGCUUCACAUGUCGACUAAAGAACAUGAAAGAAUUGGAAACGUUUGAUUAUUACGACACCAGUACUAAAGUUCAGACAGUAAGAGAAUUUGACUGUCAAAAUGAAACACUUGGAGUUGGAAAGAUAGAUGACAUUGUGAAGGGACUGUGUGAAAAAGGCCUGGAGGGUCACAUAACUUAUAAAUGUCAAACGAUAAACUCAAAAAAUGAUUGGAUAUCUAUACAGAGAGAAUGUGUAGUUGAGGCUAUCAAAGACCUUGAGAAGAAAGCUGAGGUCUUGGUUGUGGAGCAGAUUCCAGCGUUUCUAGCAAACCUCAGUAAUACUGCAGAGAACUAUACUACUGAGAUAACACAAUCUGCUGCAACUGUCCAAACAAUUGUUGAGAUGCUUGUUAAAGUUGCUGAUAUCUCACAAACUGUUACCAUUGAUAUACAUGUGAUGGAGGACUUUCUUCAAACAGUGGACAUUAUUGUGUCAGAUAACACCCUUACAGCAUGGCAAAAUAUAACAAAAGAUGACACAACAGCAAAAACCAGCACAGACCUUCUGCAAGCUAUAGAGAAUAUAAGUGAUCGUCUCUCGGGUGACAAUUUUACGAUCAAUGAAUCUUCCAUUCAGUUGAAAAGAGCAACAAUAGAAAACACAUUCAUCGAAACAUCUCGACUACCAAACUCAACGACUCAGGUUGUGAUACCAAAUGUUGUUAAGCCGACUCUCAUAACGGUUAUCUUCUUUACCAAGCUUGACCAAAUACUGCCUACUCGUAAUACUUCUAAUAAUGACAACAGGACAUCACAAAACCACAUUAAUGGAGACGUGGUUGUGGUUAAGGUUAAUGAAACCAUUAAUAACAUUUCAUUUGCUUUUGACAUCACAAAUACAUCAUUGGGAAAUCCUCAGUGUGUCUUCUGGAACUUUUCUCUUGACCGAUGGGAUUCAACUGGAUGUAAAGUCAAGAUCUCAGGGAAUGAACAGAACAAAGUUACAUGUGAUUGCAACCACACAACCUCUUUUUCAAUCCUGAUGUCACCGUUUGGAAAUGUUCAUCCUAUCUUAGACUAUAUAACAUACAUCGGUGUUGCUAUUUCAAUAGCCUGCUUGAUUUUGUGUCUUAUUAUUGAAACGAUUGUAUGGAAGUCGGUGACAAGGAAUAACACGUCUCACAUGCGACACGUCUCAUUAGUCAACAUCGCUGUGUCUCUGCUGAUUGCUGAUAUCUGGUUCAUCAUUGGAGCUGCAAUCUUAAAUCCAGGGAAGCCUACACCAGUGAAUCCCUGCAGUGCAGCGGUUUUCUUCAUGCACUUUUUUUAUUUGGCUCUUUUCUUCUGGAUGUUCAUUUCAGCACUUUUGCUCCUUUACCGCACUGUCAUGGUCUUUUCUCAAAUGUCAAGGACUAAAAUGAUGGUCAUUGCCUUCACAGUUGGUUAUGGUGCACCUUUGCUCAUAGCGGUUAUUACUGUUGCAUCCACAGCUGGAGCUGGUAGAUAUAUUUGGACAAGAGAUGCAUGUUGGCUAAACUGGAAUGAAUCUAAAGCCCUGCUGGCAUUUGUGGUUCCAGCUCUCACUAUUGUCGCCUUUAACAUCAUGGUUGUGGUUGUAGUUGUGUAUAAGAUGUUAAGAAGAGGAAGUGGUGCUACACCUCAGCCAGAUCAGAAACAUGUUCUUGUGGUCAUUGUCCGAUGUGUGGCCAUUCUCACUCCUAUCUUUGGUCUAACAUGGGGAUUUGGGAUUGGAACCAUGGUGUCACCUAACGUCGGAGUUCAUGUGGUGUUUACGAUCCUCAAUUCAUUUCAGGGAUUCUUUGUUUUGGUGUUUGGGACGCUUUUAGACAGUAAGGUCCGUGAGGCACUGGCUGGAAAGCUGUCAUUGAUGAACCUCAGUUCAACUCCUACCAGGAGCACUAAUGUAGGAAUAUCAUCCUCAAGUGGACUGGGUUUCUUUGAAAGACUGCGCAGGAGAAAUGUGUACAACAUGUCUAAUCCCAGCGCAGCUCGAUCUGCCAACAGCACCGGUGCUUCAGAGACCUUGAAUCCCUAAUUUAACCACAUUAUUAACUAUCUAACAUCAUGUUACAAAAACAUUUAGUCUGUUACGCAUACAGUACAUGUUAACUUUCUGUUACUAUUUCUGGGUAAAAACGUUUCCAUUUUCUGAGAUGAGUUAUGUAAAAUUAGGUGUAUUUUGUGGACAGUGUAUUUUAAAUAACAAAUUUUGGGGAGGCUAGGUUUAGUUGACUAUAGUGAAUUUUUCUUAAGGCAGGUUUAUUUUUCUCAUUUUCAACUCAUUUUCAGUUUAGCCACAAACAUUAAAGCCAUAGCAAGUUAACAACAACAAAACUAUUGAACAGUUCCAUCAUUUGGGACAAAGUAAAAAGACCCAAGUUAUUAAAAAGAGUAAGUUAUCAUAAUGGAAAGUGCCAUUGCGGUUUAUUAUUUUGUAAGAUGAAUUGUGUACAUUUUUAAUGCUAAGAAAAAUGUGUAUUUAUACACAUUUUAUUAAUCAAAUUAAAAUAGUAUAAAAGGUUGAAAAGUUUGUGUUUCCAUUAUAUAUGUCUAUACUGUGCAUAUUAAUUGUGUAUUUAUAAACACAUACACAUACAAGUUUACAUAUUUAGGAAAUAUUUAAAUGUAUUUAUUUAUAAUAACCAAUAAAUACAAUUAUAUUUAAACGUUAAUACAUUUUUAGAUUUUUCUUCAAUAAACAUAUAUAUGUGUAUGUUUUUAUAAAUACAAAAACACAUAAUUAUCAUUUUUUACACUUUUUAUUACUCUGGGUUUUUAUUUGCAUAGUUAUGAUGUAUAUUUGCAUUAUUCUCUGAACCACUGAUCUACAAUUUAUAUAGAGAUGUCUGAACUUUUAGUAAAACUGAAUGCCCAA